AUGGCUUCCACGCGAGAGGAGCGGCUACAAAUGCGACAGCGCGGAGCUGGGACGCACAAGACAAAGGCAAUUGAUUUCGGGUUUUCUUUCGCAGGCGCGAUUGGGUCCUCAGAUUCAGCUGCACUCCCUCUUUUUCCUGCGCCCCAAGAACCGUCGCAGACUGAGACUGCGCCGUCCACGACCACACCCCCAGGUUCGCAAGCAGAUGGCAGGAUACAGCGCACACCAGGAAGCGCGCGAAAUCAACAACCAGAGCGCCCUUCGCCAUACGACAUACCCACCGACGAUGGGCCUGCGCCGCUGCGCAGUAACAAAAGGAGGAAAAUCAGCCAACCAAGUCAGGAAUCCAAUACCCCCUCAGGCCCUCAAAUAUCUGCUGCCGGAAAUUGGUUUUCAAGAAAAGCCAACAAUGGCGACACAGAGGCACCCCGGAGCAUGGAAGCUCCUGUGGCGAGGACCCUCGUACCUGCGGCUCAAUCAGCUACAAAUCCUCAACCAGAGACCUUGAUCGAUGGAAAUACACGGACGGAGAGGACACAGGAUACCAGUAGAGGAGAGGUAGACCCGGCAGCUAUUUCAAAUCCUCCACAAAAUGGCACAACAAUGCCCGACCGAACCGGGCCAUCCAAAGUGCCACUGCGCGAGAAACGGCCAGUUGUCGAUCCUGUUCAGCCCUCCAAUUCAUCGCAGCAGAAGCGCGGAAAGAGUCGGUCUCCGCAGCAAGACGAAGUUUCGCCGAAAGAGAGCGAAGCACGGCCGGCCAGAAGGUCAUCAAGGAACUCUAGUUCGCCAGCUGCCCAAAGCAACCAGGCGAAUCCAAACGCUACCAAAACCGGCCAAUCCCAGGUAGCCGAUGAAAGCACGAACGCUGAACAGCGAGAGACAGAUAUUACUCGCCCCAUCACUACGGAUGUGGAAGGUAGUACCUAUGGAGCCCAAAGGCGUUCACCCCGAGAUAAAGGCCAGCCAAAGUCUAAGCCCAGUUCGGCUCGCAAUACCAAGAACAAGAGCUCACAGCCCGCAGAGAAUGCGACUACGCGAACAGAACCAGAACAAGACCCUGACGUUGAGACGCGUGAUGAGCCGGCGGACGCCACUUCUCAAGCAACAUCGAAGAAUAAACGUACUCGUAGGAGAUCUUCUCCUGCCCCCACGGCGACAGAUACGAAUGCAGAGAAGGCUAUCAACGACGCUGAAGCUGAAGUGCCAGAUGACCCCGAAACUGCCCUGUCCAAGUCACGACCUCAAACCAAACGACUUCGACCAAAGCCGUCAGAAGCGAAAAACCGUUUAGGGAGCCAGGCUGGAUCUACAUCUCCCACGGACCAGGCAUCUACAGCAGCCCCGCGCCGUCGUAAAGCUACUAAGAAAAAAGGUGCACAGCCGCAGCGGAGAUCGGUUGAGCCAGAGCAUGAUGCGAGUCAAGAACCGGAGCCAGAGCCCCAGGCCGAUGUUCAUACUGAGACAGAAGCUGGUCCUUCUCAUUCUCGGCGCCGCGGGUCAAUUAAAAGGAAAGACAAGCAAGGUGCAGAACCCGAGGCGACACCUUCAGAAGAGCAGCCUGACUCCGAGGCACCACAAGAGCCGCGACGGAAGACAAGAGAACCCCGGGGUGAAACUGUGUCCGUCACUGUUCAUCGUCUGGCAAAUGCUUCCGCUCUAGGUGCGAUGUAUGCCUCUGCCGAGGGAUCUGGCGAUGAAGAUGAGGGAUCCCGGGAUGGCGUUCUGUCUCGUCUCAGCACCAAAUUGCCUACUCGUGGCGGGGUCAAUCCGGCCGACGUGCUGGGUCAGAUUUGUCGCGAGACGUUAGAAAAGACGCUCGACAAACUCAAGACCGGGAUCGAAAACGAGACCAAUACCCAAAAACGUGCCGAAUGGUCCCGCAAGCGAAAAGCUGUGGAAGCGUUUGGUUUGGAAUUGGAUAAUCGCCUUUUGGACCUGAGCGAGAUCCUCGACAGCAACUUUGUGCUCGGGAUACAGUUGAGAAAGGCGAAGCGUGAUAUGAUGGAUCUACGGAGCCAUCUGUACAAGGUGCGGAAAGAGCGAGAGAGUAUAGCUAUACAAAUGGAUGCGGUCCGCGCCAAGCAUAUGGAGGAGGAGAAUGCAAAGACAGCUCGCAAUACUAUCAACAACUCGCUGCAUAGCCUCGAAAUGGUGCUCGAUCGCAGCCAGCACCGUGCUGAACCCAGCACCGAGGUCUCCCCGGCAGACCUUGAAUUCAUGCUUCGCACCGUGGCUGAUGAUGUCAGCUGUCGGGCUCCUGGUUCACAAGGAGGGUUGUUGAACCAGAUUCGUGCCUUCAACCAGCAACUUGAAGCAACAGCGCGGCGCCUGGAGCGGUCGUGA